GCUGAGGCCAAUCACUACCCGGGGUUGGUUGGUUUGGGUUGGGUUGGAUCCAGCGGGGCGCGAAGAUGGGCGGCGGAGGAGGAGCCACGGCGGCGCUGGGGGAGCCGCUGCUGGUCGUCAGGUCGGCGUACCGGCCGCGGUGCCCCGGGUGCCGGGUGGACCGCCUGAACGCGGAGCGGGAGGGGGUGUUCCCGCUCAAGGACCUCUUCCUCAUCUGGCUGGUCACUGUCACCUGCACGCUGCCGAUCCGGUCUCUGUUUCCCUUCUUGUAUUUUAUGAUAAGAGACCUGCAUAUUGCUAAACAGACCCAAGAUAUUGGAUUUUAUGCUGGUUUUGUUGGCGCUUCAUAUAUGUUUGGAAGAGCAAUCUCCUCAACAGAGUGGGGAAUUGUGGCCGAUAAACAUGGCAGGAAACCGGUUAUCAUAUUGACCCUUGUUUCAAUAAUUGUCUUCAAUACUCUCUUUGGACUAAGCUUAAACUAUUGGAUGGCAUUAACCACGCGAUGUCUGCUCGGGGUCAUGUGUGGCUAUCUCGGCCCAAUUAAGGCUUAUGCUACAGAAGUGUGCCGGAAAGAAUACAAUCAUCUGGCUUUAGCAGUUGUUUCUUCCUCCCGAGGCAUUGGUCUCAUUAUUGGACCAGCUAUUGGUGGUUAUCUUGCACAGCCUGCAGAUAAAUAUCCAAGCAUAUUCUCUCAGACGUCUAUAUUUGGGAGGUUUCCAUAUUUUCUCCCCUGCCUAUGUAUAUCAUUAGUUGCAGUUCUUGCUCUAACUGCAUGCAUCUGGUUUCUGGAAACUCUGCAUAAACACAAUGAAGAUACUGUUGAUAACUCAGUCGAGGCUAUAGAAGAAUCUCUCGCUGGAACGGACAAUGAAGAGAAUGGAAAUGGUGGAUGUCUAGAAUUAUUUAAAAACUGGCCAUUGAUGUCAGCUAUUACUUUAUAUUGUAUUUUCUCUCUCCAGGAUGUUGCUUAUGCAGAGGUAUUCUCUCUCUGGGCUGUCAGUGACCGAUCGUAUGGUGGAUUAAGCUUUACUAGCACAGAUGUGGGCAAUGUCCUUGCAGCGUCAGGUCUCUUCCUUUUUCUAUAUCAAAUGUUGGUUUAUCCAUUGCUUGCAAAAUCGGUAGACCACAUCACAUUAGUCCGAGGAGUGGCAAUAUUGACUAUACCACUUCUUGCUAGUUAUCCAUUCUUUCCUUCAUUGUCAGGGUUUGUUCUUAUGUUGGUAGUAAAUUUCACAUCUUUCCUGAAGAAUACUUUCUCGGUAACUACCAUUACCGUGUUCAACAUUUUAAUGAAUGAAGUGGUGGUAAGUUCCACUUCCCAAAAAUGGGUAAUUUCUUUUCCUAUAUUCAUGCAUAUGAAUGUUUCUAACAUCAGUAAGCGAAAAACAGACUCAGAAUGUAAGAGCGGCAGCCAACGGCAUCGCUGUAACACUAAUGUCCAUCUCUAAAGCUGUUGCAGGAAUAAUGUGAGUAUUCAGUAUUGACGUCUGAGUAUUUUACGAAGCAUGCAUUGCAAUCUUGCGGAGACGAUUCUUAGUUUGAUUAGUCAGGGAAGCUUUUGGGGUUGCCAUCUAAUCCAUAUAAUUCCAUGGCAAACUGCACCUGCAUCCAAUUCGAACUUACUCCCUCCUUCGCUUUAGAAAGCAUGCAGCCAAACCUCUCUAGCUUUGACUUGAAUAGAGCUACUUGGAUUAUUCAUAUGGAAACAUUAUCACUGGGUUUGUCAUAAAAAUCAUGUUCAUGACAUAGUUCUUUCAUAAUGUUUUAGGACUCUUUUCAUA